AUGUCUCUUAGAAGACUAAAUAGGAUUGCUUUUCAAGUUGUUUUGGAGAUGAUUCAAAGAUUUAAAACUGCAAAUACUUUAAACAAUUUUGGAAAAGUUGGAUUGAAAAUUUUGAAGCACAAUCGAUUUACUUUACGUCGAACUGUUCUUAGAGGAGUAAGUUUUCCUUCUUUUUUGUUUUAUCAUAGAAAAAGCUUGCAUUUCCCUAAGAUCCUCAAAAAUUCCUGA